AGUUCAAUAGUUAAACCAAACGUGUCCAUCUUUAAAAGAUGGGUCUAAUUCCGUAAAUGUAUGAAUACAUAAACAAACAAUUGAACAUAUAAAUUAAAAUUAAGCUGAACUAGGUACACUCCAAAACCCUAACACUAAAACCCUCGUCUCUUAGUCUGAUUCUCUUUACUCAACUCUCAAGUCAAAUGGCUAUGUACACCAUCCUACGUCGUGCCACCGCCGCCGCACUACCUCUGGCAUCGCGCCGCGCGGUGGUGUCUUCAUCUUCCAGAACCUUCCACAGCGCACUCUCUGUAAAGCUCCUUCUCCACAAAGAAAUGACUCCUUUUGUACCAUCUCGUCGCUUCGCCAACGCCUUUGCAACGAAGACAAGCGCUGAUGAUAAUCUCGUUCAUGUCCUUCAAUCUGAGAUCGUUUGCGCCCUCCAGGAUAAUCAAUCCCAACAAGUUGAAAUUCCCUACGAUUUUCCUUUUGAGAUUGAGGACAAUGCUGGGGAAAGAACUAUUCAACUAAAAAGACAAUAUGAGGAUGAAACUAUCACAGUUCAAGUUGACAUCCCUAAUGUAGCACCUGAAGAAAAUGAUGAUGAGGAUGCGGAUGACAAUGAGAAAAAUGACAGUGAGUCUAGCAUUCCUCUAGUUGUGACUGUUUUCAAAGGAAAUGGAGUGUGUCUGGAGUUUGGUGUGACUGCCUUCCCUGAUGAGGUUUCGAUCGAUAGCUUGUCAAUAAAGAAGCCUGACGAAUUGGAAGACCAGCUUUUAUAUGAGGGACCCGAGUUCACAGAUUUGGAUGAAAAUCUGCAGAAGGCUUUCCACAAGUAUCUUGAGAUCCGGGGGAUCAAACCCAGCACAACCAACUUUUUGCAGGAAUACAUGUUUAGCAAAGACAACAAGGAAUACUUAAUAUGGCUGAAGAAUUUGAAGAGCUUCAUUAUGAACUGAUUUUAAAACAGAAAUGUUUUAUAUACUACUAUUGAGAUUAUGAAAUGUGAAAUGUUGACGAUGCCCUUGUUUUUGGUGUAAAAGCGAGUUCUGUACUGUAUCAUGAUAUGAGAUUUACUUCAGGAAACUAAUAAUUUUUGAAAAACUUGGAUUGUUUUAGACUGAUUUUUAUAGUUUUACUUCACCCGGCAAUCAAUCAAUACUAGAUUCUGGGUGGUUCUCAUUAGUUUUUGUUGUAUACCUUUAAUUGUUGGGAUGUAAGUUUAAUGUGUUCAAUUGGCAUAAUGUGAAAUUUCCCUAUUUGGUUGCAA